CCCCGAGCCUCCCACGCGGGGAGACGCGUCCGCACCGCAGCCUCCCGGACCACGCCGGUCACCGAGACCACCUCUGACCGGACCACCAUGUUCCGGCCUCUGUUACCACUCCUAGCGCUCGUGGUAGGCUUUGUAAGCCUCCCGUUGAGCGGCUCCUACUACAUCGAGACCCGGUACGGCGACCGCAACUACUUCUGUCGCGAUCGGUACGGUUUCGUGGGAGACUGCCGCGAUGGCAAGCUGCGGCCCCGGGAGGAUUACGACAACUACGGGUACCGCGAGGACCGCUACGGCAGGAAGGUCGGCCAGGGCUACUACAACAUGAUCGGCUCGUACGACGCCGAGAUGAUCUGCGACUUCGCCAGGGACGGACGGGUCCGGGACGAUGUGAUGGACAUCGUCUGGUGGAAGGUGUACGACGAGGACGACGAUUACCGCCGACGGGGCCGGGACUACGACUCGCCGUUCCGCCGCUACCGGAUGCUGCGUCACCGGGAGCGGGGCGAUCGGGACCGCCGCCGGUACCGGUUCAGCUACCGGCGCUACUACGACAGUCCGCACUACCGCCGCUCGCGACACUACGACUACAGGCGCGGUCUGAUGAGGGACGACGACUACAUCAACGGCUACCGCGACUGGUACAACGACGACCACUUCCGCUCCAGCCUGCGCGUCUACACACAGGGCGACCGAUCAACGCUCUACCUGCGCGACAUUCAACCGGAGGACCUGGGUCUCUACCGCUGUCAGGGUCGCCUUCGCUCGCGGUCCCGGCGUGAUCCAGACGACGACAUGGUCUACAUGGACAUUCAGUUCUACCCGGUGGCCAACUAGACUAGAGACACUAGAGUGGAAAGAGAAGAGCGAUUAAAGCAAAACCGGCGUGUGCCUCCUGGUGCCAUGUCUCUGUGAAUUUCAAAGGCAUGGAGAUGAUUGAGACGGACAAUAAGCUGGAGACUUUAUGGGAAUGUAUAUCCCAGAGCCCGGGAUCCGAACGGGCGAUUUUCCAGCGAAGUUCGAGCGAUUCUGAUGCUGUCGGUGAAACAGUGCGACCGUACAUACAGCUGAUUGUUCUUGUUGAACAGACAAGAAGCUCGCUGUGCCGAUAAGUGCCGGUUUUAGUGCUUACCUAAUACUUAUCAGCAUUUUGAGUAAUAAACAUGGGUAUGAAUAUCAA